AUGGAAUCUAUACCAAAAGACUCUUUAUUGGAAUUUAAUCCAGAUACUCUUCAAUUUCUUAGAAAACAGUACAAUCUCGAUACACCCGGCAGGAUUGAAGAAGCAAUUGAAAUUUUGUCAGAAUGGCUCAAAAAACAAAAGCAUUUCCUAAGAAAAGAAUUCCCAAAAGAAUAUUUAGAAAGAACAAUCAUAAUAAGCAAAGGUUCUGUUGAGAGGGCGAAAAAGAAGCUGGACAGUAUAUGCACCUAUCGGACCCUGUUUCCUGAAUAUUUUACUGUUUUUAAUGUUCAGGAUAACGAUUUGUUGGAUGAUUUUUAUGGAUCUUUUCUACCCAAACUAACAAGCGAUCACUACAGAGUGUACGCUGUCAGAAACAAAAUAAAGAAAACAGUUGAAAGUGGAUUUAUAGAUUUCUACCGAUUUUUCCUCAUGCAAUGCGAAUAUGUCCAAGCGCAUGACUACUGCAAUGGUCUCAUUAUUUUCGUUGACUAUUCCGACGCAAACAUUAUGGAGUCGGUGAAAUGGAUUAACAUAAGUGACGUGAAGCGUAUUCUGGAUAUAAUGAAGGAGGGAUAUGGUAUGAGGAUAAAGGGUAUACACUUCUAUACAGAAUCAAAAGCCAUUGAUGCCCUUGUAACAAUUGUUAAACAAGGAGCUAGUCAGAAGGUGGCUGGCAGAAUCCAAGUACAUAAAACAUUAGACAAAAUUCACGAAUAUAUUCCUAAAGAUAUUAUGCCGGUAGAGUACGGAGGUCAAGAAAAACCAUUAUUUGAACUACACAAAAAGAUGCGACAUAUUUGUUCUACGGAAUUUAAGAGUUAUUUAGAGGAAAUAAGACAAGCAGGAACAAAUGAAAGCCUGAGACAAGAAGAUUCAGUAAAUAAAUCGCACUAUAUGGGAAUAUCCGGAACAUUCAGAAAUUUAAGUGUUGACUAA